AAUAUUUCUCCCUAUUUUUUUUCUUUUUAUACCCUUUUAUCCAAUCCUCUCUCUCUCUCUCUGCGCGAGAAUCUGCAGUAGCUAGAAGUGGUAACCCAAUCAAUCAAACAAUAGAAGCAAGAAAAGGGAAGAGAAGAGAGACUAAAACUUCCACUGUUUGAUGGGCAGAGAGCAAAUCUAGAGAAAUGACAUGGUGCAAUAAUAACUCAGUUGAUGAAAGAGCUAUUCAAUUAGUCACAGCCAGCUCCAAAGAAAACACUGUUAUUGAUACCAAAAUUGAUCAAAUUCGAACCAUAACUUGCCCUUCUUGCGGCCAUGAUAUCCAGUUGCAAGAUCAGGCUGGUGGGAUAGUUCAUGAUUUACCAGGAUUACCUGCAGGAGUAAAGUUUGAUCCGACUGACCAAGAAAUACUUGAGCAUUUAGAAGCCAAGAUAUUGUCUGACAUGCGAAAGCUUCACCCUCUAAUUGACGAAUUCAUCCCAACCAUUGAGGGAGAGAAUGGUAUUUGCUAUACCCAUCCUGAGAAGCUACCAGGAGUAAGCAACGAUGGCCAAGUCCGGCACUUCUUUCACAGGCCUUCAAAGGCAUACACAACUGGAACUAGAAAACGCAGAAAAGUGCACACUGAUGAAGAUGGGAGCGAGACCAGAUGGCACAAAACUGGCAAAACAAGGCCAGUUUUCUCCGGAGGGACGGUGAAAGGAUUCAAAAAGAUUUUGGUGCUUUACACAAACUAUGGAAGGCAAAGAAAACCUGAAAAGACAAAUUGGGUUAUGCACCAAUACCAUCUUGGCCAAAACGAAGAAGAAAAAGAAGGAGAGCUAGUGGUUUCAAAGGUUUUCUACCAAACUCAACCUAGACAAUGUGGUUCUAGCAUUAAAGAUUCGCUUGACCAAAACUUGAGAAAUCGAAUUGACCAUGAAAACGCUCCUUUAGCUAAGAACCCAGCUCUUGUUGAUUACUAUAAUAAUCCACCUUUCUUCUCUUAUGAUCAUGGGAGCCAUAAUAGAGAAAGCCCAUCUCAGUUAAUCCCAAAUAUGGUUAUUCAAGGUGAUGGAUCUUCCUUUUUUCGAUUAGCUGCUGAUACAAGCAAGGGCAAGCUUCAGAGAAGAUAGAGAUAUUCUGGUAGAGAGCAGCAAUGACAAGGACUAUUGUUUUGGUGGUUGUUGUUGUUGUGGUGUAGCAGUCAUACAUAUAAUUUAUUACAGUGAGAUUUUAGUUUGGUGAGGAAAUUAAAGAGGAUUGGAGAAUAAGGUAUAGGUAUGGCUUCUUUCUUAAAAGAUAAAGAAAGCCAAGGUUUAUUUGGAAAAAACUUUGGCCAUGAAACUAUUUUCAGUUGUUCUUAAGCAGGGAAAACAAUGUGGUGAUAUAAUGUUACAAUAUGGUGAGUUGCAUUUGUAGUAGAAA